UGUGUGUGUGUGCGUGUGUCAGGUGUGGGAGGGGAAGAACAUCGUGAAGUUGGUCAGGAUGAUGCUGGGUGAGACAAACCCCGCUGACUCUAAGCCCGGCAGCAUCCGUGGAGACCUGUGCAUCGACAUCGGCAGGAACAUCAUCCACGGCAGUGACACUGUGGAAAACGCAAAGACUGAGGUCGGCCUGUGGUUCAAGGCCGAGGAGUUCGUCUCUUACUCACCCUGCGCUCAGCCCUGGAUCUACGAGUAAACCGGCCAAUCACAGGCCAGGGAACGACACACCCACUGGACUCCGCCCCCAUCACCCAAAACUCCACAGUCCUUUCUCCGACUGGAUUUUUCCACUGAUCAAAAACAUGUGGAUUAUCAUUAAAGAAUCAUGUUAAUGAAA